AUGGGUCGAGUUCACAUGUUGCAAGGAAAAAUGAAUAAAAGUAUGGAGUUUUACAUGCUUGCCUUGGAAUUUUUUCAUCGUAUCAAUCUUAUUAAGGCUCCAGUAGUUGCUCAGAUUUAUUUUUAUAUGGGCGAAUGGUAUGAACAAAUGCAUCAGAUGCAUCAAGCUGUCGAAUAUUAUGAGCGUGCAGCUGAACUUGGCAUGGCAACCUUAAGACCAGAUCAUCCAACUAUUAAACAUUAUACUAACACUUUUGCUCGAAAAAAGACUGAACUUCUAUCGAUGGAAUCGUCCGAGGAAGUUUCUCGGCUUUAA